AUGUCAAUGGAAAAUCACACCAUGGUGCAUAUGUUCAUCUUUUGGGGGUUCAGUGACUCUCCAGAGCUGCAGCUCCCACUCUUCAUAUCCUUCCUAGUGGUCUACCUCAUCACCUUGGUAGGGAAUCUGGGGAUGAUCCUAUUAAUCAGGUUUGAUUCCCGACUCCACACUCCCAUGUACUUCUUCCUCAGCAACCUGUCCUUUGUGGACCUCUGCUAUUCUUCUGUGGUCACCCCCAAGAUCUUGAUAGAUUUGGUAGUAGAAAGCAAAACUAUUUCCUUGGCCGGAUGUGCAGCACAGAUGUGCGUUUUUUGUUUCUUUGUAGCCACAGAAUGUCUUGUUUUGGCAACAAUGGCUUAUGAUCGAUACGUGGCUAUUUCUAGCCCACUGCUGUAUACAGUCAUUAUGUCUAGGAAAGUUUGUGCCCAGCUGCUGGCAGCUCCGUAUCUUUUUGGGCUACUAAAUGCUGCUACCCACACAAGCUUGACUUUCCAGUUAACCUUCUGCAAGUCCACCAUCCACCAUUUCUUCUGUGACAUUCCUGCAGUGAUAUCACUCUCCUGCUCCGAUACAAGGUGGAAGGAGACAAUGGCAAAAGAAAAUCACACCAUGGUGUAUGAAUUCAUCCUCCUGGGAUUCACUGGCUCUCCAGAGCUGCAGAUUAUGCUCUUCAUCUUCUUCCUGGUGGUCUACCUCAUCACCUUGGUAGGAAAUCUUGGGAUGCUCCUGUUAAUCAAGAUUGACUCCCGACUCCACACCCCAAUGUACUUCUUCCUCAGCAACCUGUCCUUUGUGGACCUCUGCUAUUCUUCUGUUGUCACUCCCAAGAUGUUGAUGGAUUUUAUAGUGAAAAGCAAAACUAUUUCCUUGGCUGGGUGUGCAGCACAGAUGUGGUUUUUUGGUCUUUUCCUGGGUGUUGAAUGUUACCUUUUGGCUUCAAUGGCAUAUGAUCGGUAUGUAGCCAUUUCUAACCCACUGCUGUAUACAGUCAUUAUGUCAAGGAAAGUAUGUGUCCAGUUGUUGGCUGGUCCCUAUUUUGUAGGACUCUUAAAUGCUGUUACACAUACAAGUUUAACUUUCCAGUUAACCUUCUGCAAGUCAAGGAUCAAUCACUUCUUCUGUGACAUACCUGCUGUAAUAUCCCUGUCGUGCUCUGACACACGAAUCAAUGAGGUCGUCCUUUUUGUCAUGUCCUGUACACUUGGCACUCUCAGCAGCUCCCUUGUUAUCAUUUCCUACAUCUACAUCUUUGCAGCCAUCCUGAAGAUCCACUCAGUGGAGGGCUGGCGCAAGACUUUCUCCACCUGCUUGUCCCACCUGACCACCGUUUCAAUCUUCUUUGGGACUCUCUUCUUUAUCUAUGUGAUACAGCCCAGCUGCAACUUCUCAGUAGAUCAGGGUAAGAUGGUCUCCAUGUUCUACACAGUGUUGAUCCCCAUGUUGAAUCCCUUGAUCUACAGUGUAAGAAACAAGGAUGUGAAGGACUCUUUGAGGAGAGUGAUCAGGAGAAAGGGGUUUCUUUAAGGCAAUAAAUGUUUCACAGGAUUGUCUCUGAACUUAUCUUUACCAUUUUUGUGCCAAAACAAAAGAACACACACAAAAAUGAGGGCUUUCAACAUUUCGUGUUUGUGUCAUAUCAAUUCUACACAAAGAGAGUUCCUCAAAGGAGGCGUGUGCAAAGUCCUAUGAUAUGGUGCCAUUAUCAACAUUGUUUUUUGGGGGGAGGGCAUUGAUUUACGAAUAUGUAUAUAUGUUGCAUUCAUCAUUCUGUGUUGUAUUCAGGCUUAAUUGGAUUGGAGGAAGGCACACUUAAAAUAUACCAUGUAUGAUCUCAACUUACUGUUGUGUUCACAGAAGCUCCUUCUGUGAAUAGGAAGAAAUAUGCACUCACACAAGGACUCCAUCCAUGCCUCUCCUGUUCAUAAGUUUGGGUCCACCUUGUUAUCUCACAAAUCUUUUUAAGGAUAUACAUGUUAAAUGAGAAAGCUUUUCUGCAUGUAUAUAGUAAGCUAUAGCUGGGGAAACAACUGUAAGAAAC